AUGACGGCGCUUGUGACAGGAGGCUCUCGAGGCAUCGGGUUCGUCAUCUCAUCAUAUCAUCCUUUUAUCUUUUUCCUUUUAUUUCUCAUCUUUCUUCUUCCUUUCCAAUGUCUUAGGCAUGCCAUCGUUCAGGAAUUGGCAGAGUUUGGAGCAGCCAUUCAUGUUUGUUCACGGAAGCAAGAUGACAUUGAUAAGUGUUUGGAAGAGUGGAAAAAGAAGGGAUUCAACGUCACCGGUUCAGUCUGUGAUGUCAAACAUCGCGACCAACGCCUCAAGCUCAUGGAAACGGUUUCCUCUAUCUUCCACGGAAAGCUUAACAUUCUGGUGAACAAUGCAGCGGUAGAAAUAACAAAGAACAUAGUAGAUUACACUGCUGAAGAUGUAUCGACUAUAAUGGCUACCAAUUUUGAGUCUGCUUUUCAUUUGACUCAACUUGCACAUCCACUUCUUAAACAAUCUGGAUAUGGGAGCAUAGUAUUCAUUUCAUCCAUUGCAGGUGCAAAAGCUAUUCCAGGUUUAUCUGCUUAUGCAGCCGCUAAAGGAGCCAUGGAUCAAUUCACCAGGAACGUAGCAUUGGAGUGGGCAAAAGAUAACAUUCGUGCAAAUGCUGUAGCACCUGGACCAACUUGGACUUCAAUCUUUGAAUCUUUCAGGGUAUGUUUGAUAUAUGAAAUAGAUAUUCUUUCCCAAUUAAAAUUAAGAGCAAGAUUCAAAUUAGAAAAUAUUGGACCGAAAGAGUGUGAUGCUAUUGUUACAUCCACGAUAAUUUUGGGUCGUGUAGGAGAAACCAACGAAAUAUCACCACUCGUUGCUUUCCUUUGUCUUCCAGCUGCAUCAUACAUCACUGGGCAGAUUUUCUAUGUUGAUGGCGGUUUCACAUCUUAAAUUUCAAUUAGUGACUUCGGAAUUAAAUAAGAGUCACUUUCUGGUGUUCAACUUUCAUUCUCCAUAUUUCAUAUAUGUAUCGUUUGAAUCUUGCUCAUUGGUUCGCCAUCUUUUCCAUUUAUCUUAAGUUCUUAAGCAUUAGUAAAAAACUAUUAUGAAGAUAUAUA